AUGAUUCGCCGGGGAGCCUUUGCUCGAAUGGAGGAAAAAAGAAGAGCUAUGGCAAUUGAAUUUUCUAGGAAAGAUACAAUGAAAUGGCUAAAAAGUCAGGUGCAGACUUUCAAAACGAAUCUUGAAGAUUUCGCUCGCAUAUACAAAAAAGAAAUCAGAAAGAAUCCACAGUUUCGUAUAUAUUUUCAAAAAAUGUGCGGCAAUAUUGGUGUAGACCCUCUGGCGUCAAACAAAGGAUUCUGGGCAGAGCUCCUAGGAGUGGGGGACUUUUAUUAUGAAUUGGCAAUACAGAUCAUUGAUCUGUGUCUGAGCAAAAGAGAUAGAAACGGAGGCUUAGUAGAGCUUGGAGAAUUGAAAAGGAAUCUAGAGAAAAUCAGAGGUAGUGGGGGACAGGAGAUAAGUGAAGACGACAUCGUGCGUUCUAUAAAGACGCUCAAACCACUGGGAGGUGGAUUCGAGGUUAUCCAAAUUGGCGAACGUAAAAUGGUCCGAUCAGUUCCACACGAAUUUAGCACCGAUCAGGCAGCCUUGUUGGAAUUAGCGCAAACACAGAGUUUCGUCACCAAAGAAAUGGUCAUCAUAGAAAAGGGAUGGUCGAAGGAAAGAGUCGAUGAUGCUAUUGAAAACCUUCUUAGUCAAGGGUUAUGUUGGGUCGAUUACCAGUCUGAAACCGCCGAAUACUGGAUACCAAGCUUUUUUGACGGCCUUAAUGAUUAA